GUAGUAUACCGCAUAUCUUGGUAGCCUGUCAUUAGUACCUCUGGCAGGUCAUCACACUCUCUUUCAUGUCUUGUGUUUCUCUCAUACAUCUCGUCGUCCUUUGACAUCUUGGGGUAGCUAACGUUCGGCUCCCGCUUGGGCCUUACUCUCUUACCAGAUCUCCGACACUCGAACCUGACCCAACAUGAGUUUCACUCAUCAAGUCGUCUUUCCCCCUAAUCACCAUCUCCUCAAAUCGUACAAAAGCGUACAUCACGACGACUCGGUCGAUCGUCUCAUUCACAACCUAGAGAUGAACGAUUACGGUCGGGCAGCUUACGAUGACAAGGCCUCAGAUCCCCUGGUUCGUUUUCAGUUCUGGCCAUCAGCCAUCGCUUUUGGAACACAAAUAGGCAAUAAAUUCAAUCAGGUACUGGGAGCGAAAUGUGCUCAUGGAACUGAUAUGAGCCGUCUGGACCCAGAUGGUAAUCCGCUAGGUUACGGCAAAUCUUAUGUUGGAUUUGAUUUCCAACGAGAGACCGUACAUGUCAAAGCAGGUCUCAUAUUCCCCUCAGAAUUACAGGCAGAGAGAAACCUACCUCCCGCUCUACGCCCUGUCAACGCGGAAAUCUCUUUUGAAGAUAUCACUUCACAGGGAAUCAGUUUGCAGUCAUAUACCGGAAUCUUUCCCGAUGGCAGACCGAGGUAUAUCGUCACCAUGACGACCGAGACAGAGGCUGGGCCUAUCCAUCCGAUACCCGAGGGUCCUUGUGGUUACCCAAUAUUUUGGAACACCUGGCGUUGGGUCAUGAACCUGACGGUGGAUAAAUUCCAUAACCUCUCGCGAUGUAUCAGCCAGCUUCGCGCUCUGGCUCAGGACGAACCGGAUAUGGAACUUGUUUCACGGCGUGAGAAUAAACCGAUCACGCACACAUUAGACGCCCGGGACUAUGCGGACCAGUAUACUGCUCCUAAACUUGAUCACAUCCGCUUUUCAACACGGACUUUGGUUGAGGGUCUAAUCGCUCACGCGAUCCUUCGACCUGUCGAUGUCUCCCGACUGGCUUCGGCAUUAAAUCAACUGCACGCCAGCUCAGCCUUGCAAGAUCGUCUAGUGGAGAGUUUGUUUAAGGAAGGUAGGAUUAGGAAUGUUGAGUCACUCGUCAGAGCACGCGCGAGAUACCUGAGCGAAGAGAUGACCACCCCUCUGUCUCAUCUUGUUCUCAUACGUACUGUCCAAGUCACUCCGACUCGGCUCUUGAUCGGUGCUCCCACACCGGAACCUUCGAAUAGCGUCACCCGGCGAUACGCCGGUAAGAUUGACUCAAUCAUCCGGGUCCAGUUCAGCGACGAGGAGGACCGUAUCUUUGUUCAAGAUUACACGAAGCAAGUGGAUUCCCAAAGACCCGAUCUUGGGGUCAUGGCAAGAGUGAGACGAGCGCUUCGUUGGGGCUUAGUGGUAGGAGGUCGCCGGUACUUGCCCGUCGCCUCGUCUUCGUCCCAACAAAAGGAACACGCAAUGUGGUUCAUUGACAACAAAGAGAUUGAUAUGCUGGAACUGCAGCGUUGGAUGGGGCAAGUUGACGAGACCAUCAUUGCAAAACAUGCUGCUCGUAUGGGUCUGCCGUUCAGCACGAGUCGUAUCGUUGAGAUCAACGUCGAUAUCGGACUGCAGAUACCAGAUGUCGAGCGCAAUGGUCAUUGUUUCACAGACGGCGUCGGUCUGGCCGGCUUCGAAGUGAUGCGUGAAGCCGCUCGGGCUCUGGGCUUUCGUGAAGGCAUCAACUCCACCCCGUCUGCCAUCCAGUUCCGUCUCGGUGGGGCAAAAGGCAUGCUCGCAUUCUGGCCAGGUCGUGUCAAGGACCACGAAGUUAAGAUGCGUAAAUCUAUGGUCAAAUUCAAAUCCGGUCUCAAAGAUCUGAACGUAGUUAGAUUCAUUAUGAUCAUGUGCGCCAACGGCAUUCCGGAGCAACUCAUGAUUGACAUCUUUAACGAUGCCGUGGCGAGUAUCAAAGGACUUCGAGAAAGAGUGGCGACCAAGACCUUGAGUCGCGAUGAUCACAAGCUGAUAUCUACGUGUUCAGAAUUCCCUUUGCUCGCUUUGAUCAAGGCCGGCUUCCAUGAGAAUCCCAUGAUUUUAGACAUCUGCUCCAUAGUCGAAACCCGUGCUCUGCAGGAUCUCAAAUGGCGUGCUCGAGUUCGUCUACCUACUGGGGUGUUCUUGAUUGGUAUUGCGGACGAGACUGGUACUCUCAAAGAAGGCGAGGUGUUCUGUCAGUAUCAAGAGAGCGAUGACACGCCGCCCGUGAUCGUUGAGUCGGAGGUGAUUGUGUGCAGAGCUCCAGCCCUCCACCCUGGAGACGUCAGACGAGCAUUUGCUGUCGAUAAUCCGUACCUUCGCCAUUUGAAGAACGUCCUCGUCUUCAGUGUCCAAGGCGAACGUGAUCUACCCAAUAUGCUGGGUGGCGGGGAUCUGGACGGAGACGCCCCUCAAGGUUUUCCAAGCGAUGAAUUAUACGGCUCCUCCUCCGCUACGGGUCCCAAAGGUGACUCAACAGCACCUCAACGAGAAUUUUGUUCAGUGAUGGUCACUGAUGAUUCGCAGAACGACGUACUGGGCCAGGUGGAUAACUGUCACUUAGCACGUUCCGACUGGGAAGACAAGGGUCCCUUUCAUCCCGAUUGUCUGGAACUCUCUGAGAUCCACAGCACUGCGGUCGACUUCCCUAAAACUGGUCAAGCGGCUAUUUUGGAUCCCUCGAUGCGUCCAAAACUUUGGCCCGAUUUCAUGGAUAAAGAUGCUACCAAAAAGACGUAUGAGAGCCAGAAGAUACUGGGUAUUCUGUUCAGAAUUCGGGAUUGCGUUAAAAAACAAGAGACGGAAGCGUGCUCGAGACCAGAAUCUGAAUCUAAAUGCACUCAGGAGCCAUUGAGAGACGCCUAUCAGAUGCUUGUAGAGUCGACAAGAAGCAAAGCGCUCAAUGUCAUCGAAAGAGCCAAUCUCAAAAUUUCCACGACUCGUCUCACGCCGAUUCAAGUCAUCGCAAGGCACUGCUACGCAUUAACUUAUGAACGGGAAUAUGUGAUGGAGUGGGAAGAGGCUUUGAAGAAAGGCGGAGAUGAAGAGGAUGGAGAGUUAUUGCGGCCGAGACCGAUGAUCUCUUUUGCUUGGACGUUUUGGCAAGAAUUGAUACAGAUCGCCGCGUUACCCGAGUUGUAG